ACAGACUCCGGCGCUCAGAUACAUCUGGCUAAAGCAGCAGCUUGCUAUAUAGCCAUGUCGUCCCCCGCAGGUGGUCCGACCAGACUAUCCCUACCCCACCUGCUGCAUCCUGAUAGCUGGGAUCUACCCGAAUGGGACGGUCCAAGAUGCGAGGACCCCUACGGCGUAGUAGAGAAGCUGGGGGACCUGGAUUCCUCGAUCGCCAUGCUCAUGCGAUAUCGGAACUCACUACGGCCCGUGCACCGACUAACAACCGACGUUAUGUUACUCGUCUUUGCGAACCUCGUCGAGCAGGACGACUCAACGACACUCUGCUCGUUUGGCUAUGGCUCAAAUCCCUGGGUGACAAUGUCGCACGUAUGCUAUCAAUGGCGGACGGUCGUCCUAAGCUGCCCCCUCCUCUGGACACGCAUUAGUACCCGCUGGCCCAACGCUGCGCUCACUUGCCUCGAGCGAUCGGCGGACGCCCCCAUCGCCCUCGAAGUUUGCGUGGAUGCAAGCGCAGAAGCAGCGUCUCGGGUCAUCGGCGCUGUGCUGCCGCACGCUACGCGAAUACAGCAUCUCUUUUUCCCGUCAACUUUUCAAAGCGCCGAUAUGCGCGCGCUACUCGCGCCGCUGUUGGAAGCCCCGAUGCCGGCCCUACAUACUCUCCAAGUUUACAAAGUUCGCAUGGACGAAGAUUGUUUUCCACUGCCUGACUUCUUUGGUGGAAAGACACCGUCACUCAAGAAGCUCAAGUUGCGCUAUGCAAUACCGGGGAUAGGAAGUGUCACAUACUCGCACCUUACGCAUCUCUUACUCAAGGGCAAGAAAAGCAAACCCAUCACAAUGCAGCUGUCCCGCUUGCUUGGUAUCCUCGAGCAGUGUCCGCACUUGGAGGUCUUGAGGAUCGCGAAGACGACCAUUGUGGCGUCCUCUACUGAAGAGAAGGAGGAGCUGUCCCCCGUGUCCCUCGAUCACUUGCGACUACUAGACAUUGGUCGCAGCUCAGCAAACAUGAUUUCAACACUCCUCAGCCACCUCAUCAUGCCCGAUUGCGCGAUGCGAUUAUACGUCUUGUUGGAGAAGGGCGCAGACUCAAAUUUCCGCUUCGGCGUUCCCGACAACCUCCAGGAGUUGCGGCUUCUCCAGAACAUCACUCGCCUGCACGUCGAGUACAGUUGUGGGAACGACUACGUCACCGUUCAGGGGAACAGCAACGGUAACCUGUUCGAGUUCACCGUGACGAUCCCGCACGACAGCGAUAUGGGCGAGAUGCAAUCGAUCGCAGGGCAGUUCCUGCAGACCGUAGUCAACACCCUCGAUCUCUCGACGCUCGAGGAGUUUGCGAUCUCCGAGUGCUAUCACCAAGGCGUAUAUAUAGGCCUCACAAAGCGACGGUGGGCGCACGCGUUCCACCGGAUGCCGCUGUUGCGGACAUUGCAUGUCCACGUGCACUCACCUACGGACGCGGGGUUCUGUCGGUCGAUGCUUGCCGCGCUCGCGACAGAGCGCGAUGCCAGCACCGGAGGACCGCUAUGUCCUCGCUUGGAGACCCUGUCAAUGAUGAACGACAAAACAUGGUCGUCCCUGCAUUGCUACCUGAUGGCGAAAGAGCGUCUGGAGGCUGGGCAUCCACUCAAGCGUGUGUCCAUGCGCCAGCCAUACUACGAAGAUCUCGAGGAUGUUGAAGACACGGACUUGCCGACGUUGCGGAGAGUCGUCGAUAACGUUGAUUUGGAGCCACCAACAGUAGAGCUGCUCGAUUUCCCUGACGAGAAGUGGUAAGCUCGCGGGUGCUGGCUCAUUCGAGUCAGUCGCCGCGGGGAGGACAUCAUAUAUACCAGUAUUGGAUCAAGCUCACAUGUAUCAUUCUUACCUGUGUAUUGCUGUAGUUCAUAGUGCUUCGCCUAGCUGUAUAUUAUGUGACAUAGUGUAACAAGGACAUCUAGCCGGUGACA